UCCGUACCAAUACCAAACCAGCAUGCGUGGUCUAAGCAUGUUUGCUCUGUUUGGCUUGUUUGUUUCCCAUGCCGGCUCGGAGUUUGCUGUGUUUGUCCCGUUUGUCCCGUUUGGGAAUUGGUUGGAUGCAACCUUCGGACCCAGGUUAUGGGCGUUAGGCUUGGGGGAAAGAAAAGAAAGAAAUAAUGGAAGGAGAGCUCUCGUUUCUUUUGUCUUGGGUUGUUGGAGCGACGUGCUCGGGGACAAAGACCGACACCACGGGGCUCGGGUUUAGGCGGUGAUAACUGCGGCCGUAAGAGCGAAGAAGACGCGAAUUUAUCGCACCACAGUGGAAAAUCGCGCCCGUGGGCCUCUGCAAAUCCGGAACAUUUGGGGAAUAAUGGGUGAAAACAACGAAGAAAGAAAGGAUAAAAACAGAAGGGAAAAUAACAGCAUUUAAUAAGUAAGGUUCUUAUUUUCUCGACCGGGCCUCUUCAAGGAUACGAUACUGUACAUAACCUGCGAACAUUUUAAAAUUGGAGUCGAGUCGGAGUUCGGGGUAAUUGUAUCCGGAGAUGGGUGGCCCGGCAGUUGAGUCAUUGCGGGAUGGAGGCUGACGUCGGUGGAGCCGAGGGAGCCAACCAGAAAGAUUGGGCGUGAUAAAGUUCUCAGGGCGCGGAAACAGGGAGGGGGAUGGCAAAAAGGUUCCUUGCAACUUUGCAAGUUGCGCGGAGAGUUUGAGCUGAACUGAUAUGGGCAAGCCUGAAGUCCAGGGGGGAGAAAGAAGAUGAGGAGCAAUCACCAACAAUGCGACCGUAGGUUCAAUGCAACCCGUGGGAGGCCGCUUCUUUUAAACUCAGAACCGCGCAUCAGCUUGUGCUUGUGAUACGAGCGGUGACAUACUCGACAUGGGGAUAUGUGUACACAUGUACGGAGUACUCCGUACGUACUAUUAAAUAUUUGUACAUACCGCCGUCUGACAUCCCGAAAAAGCCACAAGGGGAGGAAGAUGGCCCCCACGGUUGGAUUUAUAAUCAACCAGCGCCUCUUCUAAACCAGCGCCAGGCAAAUACUUAAUAUCGACUAGCGGCUCUGUCUCCUGCUGCUCUCGCCCCGCAAACCACGCCGAUUGGCCAAUGGACGCCCGCGCUUGUGCUGGCGGCUUGGUCUGGGCUCCGGUGCUGCUUUACAGCCAAAGUACGACGGCCUCCGGCUGCUACGGUACCGUACGCCGCGUCAAUCCUUCCUCGCGCGCUUGGCCCACUCGCCCUCUUUCCUCCUCUCCUCUUUUUUCUCCUCGCACACUCAUCAUCAUCCUUCUCAUCAUCCAUCGCGCACCUCUCUCUUCCUCUCUCGAACGCAUACCUAAUAUCUGCCUUAGUUGCUUGAACUAACCCGUCUCUCCUCUAGCCACACUCCUUCUCAAAACCCCUCCGCCGUUGGUUAGGCCAUCUAUUCGUCCCCUCACCAGCCAAUCUCAGCUCAUUGCCUUCCAUCGCAUUCUCCCGCUCAUUUUUUUUAUUUUUCAUUUUUUCUUCUGGCACAACUACAAAACAAGCCAUAGUAACAUUCCCCGAAUCUUUCCAGUAGCUACCGCAGUGAAUCGACCUCUCUGUUUUAUCCCGUCUCAUCCGCUCAUCCUCGACAUUGGCCUUGCCUGUCAUCAAUACUAGCCGCGGGAUCAUAUCAAGCCCCUGCUUCCGUCAUUCCUACUUGCGUCAUACCCUCGUCUGCCUUGACCCUCGUCUGGCCGCUGGGAAAGAAAGAUAGGGCAAACAACCCCGAUCUGCGGCUUCUCACUGCCUUCAAUCUCUCAUUUACUUCAUCUCGCUUUACAAUCUUCCUAUCCAACCUCCCCGUGAUUUAUUCUUGUUGAGGACUAUACCCCGUAUCGCCUGGACUCUCUCUCUCUUCCGCUCCGCUGUUCUUCCCUAGGACCUCAGUCACCUCUGUCCUCAUAUACCACCUAUUUUCUCUAUUCCAGGGGCUCGAGGUAUAAUUUCUGUUUUGGGAGUUAAGAUACACCUAAAAAGUUCGGAAAAGGUGUUAGAAUUGGCGUUGGACUUGCCGGGGAACCGCUUUAAACCGUUUCUUUAUAGGCCUCCUGGAAAAACCUCGCCAGACUUCUUUGUUGCCUUUUCCAUUAACAGGAACCCCAAGGAACUCUCCACCUCGAACGCCUACAUUGUACACAGUUAUCGAGCCAAGAUUCUUUGUUCGAUUGUGCCAGACGAUACUCUGUUCCCUUAUAUAUACUUCUCCACCUUGGUCAGGGUGGUCAUAACCUAACCAUCUAAGAAUAUAUUAUACCCAUCGACGGCUCCAGUUUCCUCGAUACCAACCUCUUAUUAAGAAAUUUAAAAAUCACCGUUGCAAUUUUUCUACUCCUAAUUUGUUCACUUUUUAUCGUCGUCUCCUCUGGGUUGUUCUAACUCCCGAUCUAUUACUAUUGUUACGCUCUUUUUUUUUCUACCUCGUCUUGUACGAAUACGUUGGCGAUGUCUAAUUUCGAUUCCCUCUAUGAGCGUAGCCUUUAUCUAUCGCCUGACCAACAGGACCUACUUCUCGCAGCGCUUUCAUCUGGCGAUAAAUCUUCCAAAAUGACCAAACCCGACCAUCGCCACAACCCCCAAUCCGAUUUCAAUUUGCAAGACUCUCGUCCCAACACAUCGUCACCACAAGAUAAUUCAUUCGAUAAUACAGGGGUAUCCAAUCAGGACUUGUUUGAAUCGCCACCAGAGGAACCCCUUGACCUUGGACAACUAGGUUUUGAUGGAAGCCCCUUCUUAGGUUUCGACCUUGACGUGGAUUUUGAUCCCAAUGAAGAUUUGAUCGGUGAUCUUCCUGGACCUUCGCCAAAUGGCGAAGAUAAUGAGCAGAGGGAGAAGAGAAAGAGUAUUGACGGAAACGAGGAGGAGGAAAGCGGAAAGAAACGAAAGGAGACUGAUGACAAAACGGCUAAGAAACCCGGCCGAAAGCCGUUGACGUCAGAGCCUACCACUAAACGGAAGGCUCAAAAUCGGGCUGCCCAAAGAGCUUUCCGGGAGCGCAAAGAAAAACACCUCAAAGAUCUCGAAACAAAAGUGGAAGAACUAGAGAAAACUUCCAAAUUAACGAAUAAUGAAAACGAACUUCUUCGCGCUCAAGUCGAAAAGCUCCAAGUGGAAGUCAAGGUGUAUCGCAAACGCUUGUCAUGGAUAAACAGUGGGACCAGUUUGUUGCCAUCAACGAGCUCUGGCAUGCGUGGUUCGGAGUACAGGAAUGGCUCCCAUCAUAGUGGCAACGACUUCUCUUUUGAAUUCCCCAAAUUUGGCGAUCUCCCGAGCUCCCACACGUUUAGCCAAAGUUUAUCGAAAGCUCCAUCUCACCACACCAAGCAUUUAACUGCGUCUCCGACCACUACGGGAGUGGAUUACAAAAGUCCCAACAAGAGUAGCGGAAACUUUUUCAAAAGCGCACACCUCGCACCACAGCAACAGACUUUUAACCCUGGAAACACUCCUCACUCUGUGCCAACGCCCGACAGUAUGAAUUCUAGUGGCACUCCCAGCUCACAAGGGCGAAAUAGCCAGAGUGCUAGUAUAGAAAACCUAAAUGGAUUUGACACUUAUUCAGGCCGCCCGUCGAGAAAUAACACUGGGUUAUCCUACACUAGUACUGGGUCUGGCGCCAAUUCCAACACCAACAACUAUUUAACUUAUCAAACACAGCAUUAUGGCAGCUCCAACGCUUCAAAUUCCGCUUCUCCCUCUGCCUCUUCAGAAUCUCACCAUCUCUCGUCCAUCGGCACAUCACCAGAACCCAGCGUGAACUCACCACCUACUGGGAAGCUGACGGAAUCCAGUUUGAACACAAUUAAUGAACUAAACGCAAGCCACGCGGGGGGAGAAGAUCAUAACAACAACAUUAGCAAUAGCAGUAGCAACAAUCACGGCAAUAUCAACUACCUAGCAGAUGGCCUAUUAGGGAUCGACUGGCUCGCUCAGCAAAACGGCGGCCAAUUUGACCCUGUCUUGUUCGGUGACUACCGCGAUCCCCAGGACGCUGUUCUCUCACAGGACUUUGGCAAUUUCUUCAACGACGCGCUGCCGUUCCCCGAAUUUGGAAGCUCUCUACAAACCUUUAAUGAGUUGAACAACGGCCAUGCUAAUACCACCGCUUCAACAACGGCGCCCCCCAAACAUGACCUGCUCAGACAAGUAGACAGCAUCCUCGAGGGGAACCAUGAUGAGGAGGUUGUGCCGGCAGAAGACCGCUCGCAAAUGCUAUCGUGCACCAAGAUUUGGGACCGCCUGCAAUCGAUGGAGAAGUUCCGCAACGGUGAGAUCGACGUUGACAGCCUGUGUAGUGAACUCCGUACGAAAGCGCGCUGUUCUGAGGGUGGUGUUGUGGUUAAGCACGAUGAUGUGGAAGCCAUCAUGUCCCGCGCAAAGUAGUGAAGGGGAGGCUGUUUUAUAGUAUAUAUCAUGUUAUACAUAAUUGUCGUUCAUGGAGCUAUCAGGUGGUUUUGUUGUUUUGAAAGGAACAAAUUUACAUGCGGGAAACGAGUCGGGGUGUAGGAAGGGAUACUUGCGGCGAAUGAAUUGAUUUGAUUUGAGAUGAAUGGCAACUAGCGAAUGGCAAAUGGCAAAUGGUGAGAAGGUAAAAAGGGAACGAGGAAAGAAAUAUUGCAGUACCUGUUAACUGACACGAACCAAUAUUCUUUUAUAUAUACUAUUAUUGUCCUUCAGUACUGUACAUACGAAGUCACCUCUCUUUUCUUUAUGUCUUUUUGCCUUUUCCUUUCUGACAUAUAAUAUGUCUAUGCAUAUCUACAUACUCCUGGCUGGUGAUGUUGCUGUUUUUCUUCCUGUGUUCUUAACCCCCCUUCAUACAGAUUGCGAUUCUUUAUCUGAGCAACAUGUUGUUUUUCUACACUGCAGAUAACAUUGAUCACAUUGGGCAUAUUUCAAAAAUACAGUCUUAUUGCUAUGAGGUCCUGUUCACAAAGGUGUCAAGAAAUGAAAUUCUCAUGAAGAUGUUUGUAUGAAUGCGGCUUAACACUAGCCAUCUGGACAUGACAUGGCAUGAAUAUCCCUCUGUGUACAUCUGUAGCUUACCUGUCCUGCUUGUAUGCGCCAGUGCA